UUAUUCUUCUUCUGUGUGUAUACUUUUUUCGCAGCUGAUACAGUGCGUAUUUGCAUUCAAAACAAAGAGUUCGAUCGAAAACAAAUUUCAUUAAAAUUUAUUUAGUUUCUCGAACAAAAGCUAAAUCCACCUCGAAACGAUGGGCAAAAUCUUCCUGGACCAUAUCGGGGGCCAGAAGCUGUACUCGUGCGCUGCCUGUGAAACGAAUCUGACCAACAAACGGGAACUUAUCAGCACCCGCUUCACGGGAGCCACAGGCAGGGCCUACCUGUUCAAACGAGUGGUCAAUUUGACCUAUUCACAGGUGCAGGAUCGGGUUAUGCUCACCGGAAGGCACAUGGUGCGGGAUGUGAUGUGUAAAAAUUGCAAGGCCAAGCUAGGCUGGAUGUAUGAAUUCGCCACCGAGGAGUCACAAAAGUACAAGGAAGGUCGUGUUAUUCUAGAACACGCCCUAAUUACCGAAUCGGAGGGAUUUCCGGAACCGUGACCCUUUCUCUUCGAUCCAAUUGAACUCUAAGGGACAAGCUCAUCCAGCAUGUGAGUUUCUGCCAAUCCCGAACCGCUUCAUGAAGACUCAUAAAAUUAACUAGCCAAAAAAACUAGUUUUCGAAUCAUGAUUAUUAAAAACAUGUAACCAUUUCACUUUUGAUGUACUAUCCUUAUAAUGUAUUUGGAUCAAACUAUAUUAAACAAUAAAUUCAA